UCCUAUUGUCCGCAUAGUCUACAAGCAUCUCCAUCGCUCGCACCCUUCCUGACUCAGGCCAUGGACCCCUGGGCAUCGCCAUGGGCCGAAGAAGACGCUGCGGCAACAUCAACGUCUGUGCAGGAUGCUCCGCGUGCCCCAUCGCCUCCCAUUGCCUCGCCACCCCCUCGUGCCGCCACGCCGGAGAUCGACCCAUGGGCAGUCCCUGCAACACCAAGAGCAACCGUAGCGGAGGGCAGUGCGGCCAAGUCGCAGGGUUCGCCCACUGAAAGCCGAAACGCUCAACCCUGGUCGGGCGGCUGGCGUGCAGAGCGGGAGGAGCCAGCAGCAGCAGCAGCCACCUCUACCUCGCAUGAUGUUCAUGCACCGCAAGAGACAGAAGAGGGCCACAUUGGGCCUGUAGACGACACUGCCGAUCCCUGGGCUGAUCCUGUACGGCGUACUGCUACAGAAGCUUCGCACACUAGCGCAUCUCAGGGCUGGAGGAGCGAGCCAGUGGAAGAGGGAUGGCAGCCGACGGAGCAUGCUGCUGUGACAUGGGGGAGCACAGGCGGCAUCGGACUGGUAGCUCAGUCUGCCGGCAUCGACUCGCUGAACGAACGAAGGGCGGACUGGUCCACAUCGGCGGUCGCUGCUCCGUCUUAUGCUGGCGAGCCAAUGACGGACAUUGACGCUGCCUUCGCCGCGAGGAUACGAGGUUCACAGCGGUCAGCAUCCUCCUCGGCAGCGGAGGCUCCAGAGCAGUCGAACGGAGCUGCACAACCGGCUUCUUCUGUCAACGUUGGAGACAUCACGCCAAAGGACGUCACUAAAGCCUCGCCCUUCUCUCUCGGCACGGCGCGAGAGACUCUGGCCUCCCUCUCAGCUAAAGCUCCUCGUCUCUCGAGUACUCCAGCCUCGACAUCCUCGAUUGGUCCCGCAGCACCUUCAACUUCGACUGUAACGACUCCGGUGACAAAGCCCUCGACGGAGCAAUUGGCUGUGGCCCAACAAACGCGUGGCGAAGGAUGGGAGAUGAAGAAGAAGCCCGCCCCCUCUGCUCUUGCCGGCUUUGUGGGAGGCUGGAUCUCUCAAAGGGGCGCACGAGGACGCGAGGAAGACUCGGACAAUGUCGUUCGAGGCAAUGAAGAGGAUUCGGAGGACGAAGAAGAACAGGCAGGGGUGAACAAGGCGCGAGGUUCCCAUAGUGGCGAGAUGAAGGGAUCGGUGGUAGCGCAGCCCAACCUCCCCGAUCUGCUGGGCGAAGAGGUCGAGGCUGAGGGAUCAAAGGAUACUCCGUCAGCCAGCACAUCCGCGCAGCCUUCAGCUGUUGGAAGGCUUUGGGGAAGAUGGAGGAAACCAGCAGCCGCCGAGGCGCAACCUGCGCCAGCGAAACCCACAGGCGACAUUGAUGCAGAUGGCCUGGACUGGCUCGCUAGCGCACCGCCAUCUUCCGCCAAUCAUCAACAGCACCAGCAGCCACCUCGGACAGGGAAGCAAGACCACAGCAGUAUCGAUGAUCUCUUCGAUUUCGAUUCUCUGUCAGUCGCGUCUACAAGUCGCGCAAAGCCUUCAUUGCAGCAAGUCCUGCCUCCUCGUCCUGCUACUUCUACCCCUCCGUAUAGAGACGAACCUUGUGCCACCACUGCCGCCAGCACGGCCACUGACGACUGGUCCUGGUUAGAUGCGGCAGCCAGUAACAGUGUGGCCAGACAGCCCACGUCUUCCUUCUCUUCCCCUCCCAUUCUGCGGCCUGCUUCCAACGGUCCCUCCUCUGUGCGUCCCGCCGUGCAACUCCUUUCGCAUUCGAACACCACACUCAACAGGUCCGCCAGUGCGGGCAAGCGACCAGUCCUCCUCCCACCUCCACCGCCGCCGUCGGGUCGGUAUAGCCCGAGUGUGGCACAGCAAAUCGCUGCUCGUCCGUCGUCAUCUUCUUCCUCAAGCUCUCUAGCAAUGGCGUCAGCUUCGUCUGUGCCGACAUUUGAUUUCCUAAGCACGCCCCUCCCGCCCAAUAGGCCUCCGCCGACACAGAGCGGUGCAGGCGCUGUACCGCUUCGGCCGCCGGCCUCCUCUUCUGCUGCACAGCCGUCUCAGAGCCGCGGCCCUAUGACUAAGGACGACUUGCUCUUCUUCGAGUCGAUGGGAUGACACUUCAAGAGGGCUUUGGAGUCGCAUUCCUCUGCGCCGGAUCGGUCGUCUCGGUCACUCUGACUAUGUCGCCUACUCGAAUGACGCCUGGGACAGGGAGAGAAGCAGUGGAACAAGCCAGUCAGCGCUCCCUUCCAAUCAGCUAGUCCCGCGGCAUGGUCAGUACACACCUUUCCUCGCUGUGCCUU